UUGUGAAAUUUAGGAUUUGUUGGGUGUCGGAGGUUUCCUGCAACCACUGAGAAUCGAACUUACUUCCUUCGUCUGACUUGUCCUUAAGCUGAUUGUCAGUCUAGGUAUAGAACAUUGACGGUUAGUUGAUGCUCAUGAAAUCAAAUACGGGUUCCUUGUAGACGAUAGGAUUAAUGUUUUUGUCUGCUUUCCCAUAAUCGCAGCCAUUGUUAACUUUGUAACAACUCAAAAGAAAUGGAUGAGGUAACUCUGAUCGUUAAGACUGAGUCUUGCUUAUUUCUUCCUCCACUCUCGAUGCACCCCUUCCCCCUUCCUCUACCGUUUUCGAGAAAAUGGAUUGACUAGAUAAACAGUGAAAUGUUUCCUUAGAUUAUUCACCAGCUAGUAAAAGCAAAGCCCUACCCCCUCUUUCCUCAUUUCAGCGGGGGUUAAAAAGAUUAUGGUUCUUUGUUUCUUACAUUUGGUAGUUAUUUUAAUAUUUUAAUAUAAUUCCUUGAACUAAUUAGCUUAUUGUUUCAAUCCUAUAUUUCGAUCUUAGGGGUCACUGAGAAAUGCACAAGAGAUGGGUCAUAUCAACUGGUAGUUUUGGGUAAAAAUCAUUUUGUGUUGCUAACUUUGUACUGACUAAAAAUGGGCACUGCCAUAGCCGAACACACAUCAGAUCAGCAGCGCAAGUAGUUGUGAAAGGAAACUCCAAUGGAAGAAACACGAGGCCGGGCUUAUCCAUCCCGUCAAUCUGAAUCUACCUCAUCUCAUGAUGGUGGUGCAAGAUCUGACGUCAUUGGGCAUGUGAAUCAUGGGUCUAAUGUAAGAGGACUGAAGAAAAGAGGUCAUGGAAGUCGUUCUUGGAUAAAAAUUUAUCAGGAUGGAAAUUCGAAGACUGUGACACUUGACAAAGCUACUAUUAUGAGAUGUUGCUCAUUGCCUUCCAGAGAUCUCCGACUAUUGGAUCCUAUGUUCAUUUAUCCAUCUACCAUAUUAGGACGGGAGAAGGCUAUUGUAGUCAGCCUUGAACAAAUCCGAUGUAUUAUAACUGCUGAUGAGGUUUUUCUAAUGAAUUCCUUGGAUGGAAGUGUUGGCCAGUACAAGUCAGAAUUAUGCAAUCGGCUUCAAAAAGAAAAAUCUGAUGAUCUGCCAUUUGAACUCAGGGCACUGGAGCUGGCUCUGGAGUUGACAUGCUCAUCUUUGGAUGCCCAGGUGAAGGAACUAGAAAUGGAAAUGUAUCCUGUACUAGAUGAGCUAACCUCAUCCGUCAGUACUCUUAAUCUAGAACGCGUUCGGAGAUUUAAAGGCCACCUCCUUGCAUUGACUCAACGAGUCCAAAAGGUUCGUGAUGAAAUAGAGCAUCUAAUGGAUGAUGAUGGGGACAUGGCUGAGAUGUGCCUGACUGAGAAGAAGAGACGAUUGGAUACAUACCCUUUAAGUGAUCUUUUCCUUCAGACGCAUUUAUCAGGAUCUGGAACAGUGAUUUCAAAAUCAGCUCCUGCUUCACCAGAGCGGACCUUGAGUGGCGCUGAGGUGUUGCAAAGGGCUUUCAGCAACAUUGGAAAUUCAAGUAAAUAUGGCAGCUUAGCUGGUUCAUCUGAUAAUGAGGAAAAGAUUGGACCACUUGAAAUGCUGCUUGAAGCGUACUUUAUUGUCAUUGAUAACACUCUUAAUAAUUUAUUGUCGCUCAAAGAAUAUAUUGACGACACUGAAGAUUUUAUCAAUAUAAAAUUGGGCAAUAUUCAGAACCGCCUAAUACAAUUUGAGUUGCUUCUAACAGCAGCUACAUUGCUAGCCACAGUAUUUGCUGCUGUCACAGCAGUUUUUGGAAUGAAUUUUGAAACCACUGUAUUUGACCAUCCCUCUGGAUUUCACUGGGUUUUGGUAGUUACUGGAAUUGGCUGUGCAUUCGUAUACUUCUCCUUCCUAUUCUAUUUUAGGAACAAGAAAGUGCUUCCAGCAUAAAUUGUAACCUGCUGUAAAUAGUAAACACUAUACUGGAUUGUAUAUCUAGUAAAACCGAGUCGGUCACAGAACUCCAUGAUGAAAGAUAGGACAGGACAGAUUACACCAGACUCAUCUAUCUGGUGUUGAUGGAAGAAAAUCUACCCACAGCUUUAACAAGUUGG